ACAAGCAAUUUUCUGGAGAUUUCUUGAAGUGAGUUUUGUUGCUGAGAAAUUUAAGUAAAUAAUAGAAGAAUCGGUCAACAAAGUUUUUUUGUGCAUAAACAUAAAAAAAAUAAUUGGAGACCAUUAUUUUGUAUGAAAACAGACUUAUUAACAACAGUUUUCACCUGUCAAAUGAACGUUUACCUUUCACCAAACAUGGCGUCGCUUUACAGUUUAUUGCGUCUUCUCUUCUUUUCAGCCAACUUUACGAAGCAACUGAGAAAUGACUGGUCGUGGAAAGGGAGGCAAAGGAUUGGGAAAGGGGGGCGCCAAGCGUCAUCGUAAGGUGCUUCGUGAUAACAUCCAGGGUAUCACCAAGCCUGCUAUUCGCCGUUUGGCUCGUCGCGGCGGUGUUAAGCGUAUCUCUGGCUUGAUUUACGAGGAAACUCGCGGUGUGCUAAAGGUAUUCCUUGAGAACGUUAUCCGUGACGCUGUCACCUACACCGAGCACGCCAAGCGCAAGACCGUGACCGCCAUGGACGUGGUCUAUGCCCUCAAGCGCCAGGGACGCACCCUUUACGGAUUUGGCGGUUAAGCACGCCCUCUAACCUCCACAUAAUAAAUAACCAUGGAGUUAACUUAACUACAUUCAAAAUACUUGAUCCAAUUGAAUCUUAAUCAGUAGUAUUCAACGCAAACUUAACCGAACGCAAAUAUUUUAUAAUUUCACAAUAUACGGACUAAAUAAAUCAAAAGAUAUCACAUAGAGAACUC